AUGGAGUGCCAAGCAGUGUUUGAAAAGCUCAAACGAAAUGCUGCUGUGAUGGAAAUUAAAAUAAAGGAAGAGAUAUCUGCUGCUCAUAAGAAAUUGUCAGAAGAACUUAUGGACUCGGUUCAGACUCGGAACCAGCAAAUUAGAGAGGAUAUUCUUGAGGCUUCUAAAUGCCUAUCUGGUUAUGUCUCUGGAAUGGAAGAUAAAUUGGAAGAUUUUAGUGAUUCCAAUAUUAAUCUGCUGGAGCUGAUCGGCCACAGCGUCUUCGAUUUCAUCCACCCCUGUGAUCAGGAGGAGCUGCAGGACGUGCUGAGCCCCAGGCAGGGUUUCUCCAAGAAGGCGGAAGUGAAGACAGAGCGGAAUUUCUCCCUGCGCAUGAAGAGCACGCUCACCACCAGAGGGCGCACCGUCAACCUCAAGUCUGCCACCUGGAAAGUGCUGCACUGCUCCGGGCACAUGCGCUCCUAUGCGCCUUCCAAGCCGGCCGCAGGGAAGGAAGGGGAAGGGGGCUUUGCGGAGCCCCCGUUGCGAUGCCUGGUGCUCAUCUGCGAGGCCAUCCCGCACCCCGCCAACAUCGAGACCCCCCUGGACAGUGGCACCUUCCUCAGCCGCCACACCAUGGACAUGAAGUUCACCCACUGUGAUGACAGGUGAGUGGGAGAUGCCCGCCCCCUCUUCGCCCACCCUCUGGGCAGUUGGGGAGAUAGCAACUAAGGGAGGCGCCUUACCCAGAAGCCACUGAGUUCUGUCUGUGGAUGAUGGGUUCCUUGACCUUGGUUGGGAUGUUGUGCCAAGGGGUUGCAACUAUGGCGGAUAGGAUGGGCAUGGUGUUGAGCAAACAGGGUCAAAUCCACAGGUAAAAAUCUCUCUCUCUCCAUCUCUCUCUCUAUAUAUAUAUCCAUAUUUCUGUCUCUCACUUUAUUUAUUU